UAUCUGGUAACACUGCGCGAAAAACACGUCAGCUUUUCACAGCCAUUCGGAAAAGAACACGUCAGCACAAAGGAAAACCAGUUGGUCGAUAUUUCAAAGGUGGUGAGAAAAUUGCGUGAGACGGAACCAAAAAGCCCGAGUCGAAGGCGAUGAAGAGGUCCAAAUCCGCAAAGCGUCCGAGCAGCGCAGUCGAAAUAUAUGUAAGCGACCUAAGACAAACAUAAGUUAGCACAGCGAUGCAAAUCUAAGUGGAAAAGCGUUUUUCACAGUUGCCCAAGCACACAGCAGUUUAUAAUUUGGACCCAAUCAGUUAACCAUGGCCCCCACAGCAAAUGCAGUGCUCAUAGCCGUUCCACGGACAGCAAUCACAUCGAAUAAUCUGCCCAAGCUACGCCCCGCCCCCUUAACAGCGGCCCUGCUUAAGGCAGCGUCCACGCCCUCUGCCUCGCCUACGCCUUCUAGUUCAGGAUACGCUUCCUCAUCUAACAUGGAUGACGAUAACCCGGCUGCAUCAGCGCCCAAGGCAAAGAAGCGUCGUCUCGACCAUCUCACCUGGGAGGAGAAAGUGCAGAGAAAGAAGCUAAAGAACCGAGUGGCCGCCCAGACAUCGCGCGACCGGAAGAAGGCGCGUAUGGAGGAGAUGGACUACGAGAUCAAGGAACUCACUGACAAAACGGAAAUACUACAAAAUAAGUGCGAUAGCCUACAGGCCAUCAACGAGUCACUACUGGCCAAGAACCAUAAGCUGGACUCGGAGCUGGAACUCCUGCGUCAAGAACUCGCCGAACUGAAACAGCAACAGCAACACAACACCAGAAGCAUCAGCCAAUCCAACGCCAGCGCAGGCGCUGAGGGCUGUGCGUCCACCAACCUUGGAUCUGCAGCAUCCAAAGCUGACCCUCUGCCGGGGUAUACAACAGGUGGACACACAGUCGUCAGCGCGUCUGCUGACGGAGGAGCUGAAGAACAGCAGGAGCAUGGCAUCACUCUGGAAGGUUGUUGCCCUCUGCCUACUCUACAAGACAUGCUUGGCGACGACGAAGAAUUCGACGUCAAGCGCCUCGAAGAGCUGGCCGAAAGUCUGCUCGCAGAUAUCACAGCAGACCUGGAAACAGGCUCUGGAGCGAGCUGCCCAGCUGCUUCCGAAGAUGCAGGCAACGCAGAGCGACUGCUUGGACCAGUGGUGGGGCCCGCAGCAGAGCGCCUGGAAUCCGACGGGCAUAGAGCUGAUGGCCUGAAUAAGGACCAGGAUCAAGACCACGAUCACAAGCACACGGUUAGCCUAAAUGUGCGGAUGUUGGAGAUGGAUGGAAACCCACAGGAAACAGCUUCGACGACAUCAACAAUCACAGCUACAGCGAGCGCCUCAUUUCUACAGGCCACUCCGGAUACAGUAUACGGAACCUACGAUGCCAAGACAAACUCGAUCACUAUCGUCAUGGAUGGCGAUGCGGUGCCGGUCAACGAGGCCGUUGAGGAGAUCUACUGUGAUGGGGUCACCGCUGGCGACGACUCAACGGACGUGAUCAUGAAGUGUCCGCCGCCAGCGACGUCUCCGUCACAGGUAUACCUUAACGUUGUGAACGCCACCGACGAUUCGGACGACGAGUGCAGCUUCGAUCCCAUCGAACGAUUCCUCCGUCCGCGCGUUAAGGCGAUCUCCCCGCUGGCAAAAUCACCCGCAUUGUCCCUCCACUCGGCCACCUCGGACCACGGUUACGAGUCUAUACUGGGCUCACCCAUGUCCACGGCUUUGACUCUGCCCACAGAGGAGGAGGAUUUCCCCUGGGAGAGCAACUUCGACGAGCUGUUCCCCAGUUUGAUCUAAGUUUUUCAAAUUGAAAACUUCGUUCUGUCUCUCUUGUAUUGUUAAGUUUGGCCGGCCGCCGUUUGUUUAAGUGUUUUAGUUGAUAGGCUGUAAAUACAUUCUUAAUCGAAGGCUUUAUAAAUGAUAUUGUAGUUAAAGCGCCUAGUUAAGCUGUAGGUUUCCAUUUAUGUUUAACAAUCUCUAACCACAUAGGCUUACGUUUACUUGUAUUGUGCUCAAAGAAUUUGGAAAAACAUUCAAAAAAAAUUAAUUAUAUUCAAAAUAUAAACCAAACCAAACCAAA